UGUGGGUGCGGGGUGGUGCUGUGGUGGGUGGGUGUGCUCCUCGGGAAUACUUCUUGCCCGCUCGCGCCUUCGACCUGUUCCAGCCGUGCGUGACCCGGGCUGACCUCACUCUGUCCAGCGGUGCCGUCCCCCAAGGCCGCAAGAUGCCUAUGUUCACAAAGUUGGGCCACAAGACGUCCACGGCGGCCAAGUCCAGCGGCCAGAGCGCUGCCAAGGCCACAGCCGCCACCGCCAAGACGUCCACAAGCAGUGCCGGAAAACACGUGCUCGACAACACCCGAUGGCAGAAGCGGCUACAGAAGGAACUCAUGUCUCUCCUGAAGGAACCACCUGCGGGAGUCACCGUAGACGUGGACACCGCGCACACAAAACUGACUGAGUGGGUGGUCCACAUGGAGGGCGCGGCCGGCACCCUGUACGAGGGGGAGAAGUUCCAGUUACAGUUCAAAUUUUCGCCUAAAUAUCCGUUUGAUUCUCCGGAGGUGAUCUUCGUCGGCGACAACAUUCCGGUCCACCCACACAUAUACUCCAACGGCCACAUCUGCCUCAGCAUCCUGACGGAGGACUGGUCGCCGGCCUUGUCAGUUCAAGCCAUCUGUCUGUCAAUUAUCUCCAUGCUCUCCUCGUGUAAAGAGAAGAAACGGCCACCAGAUAAUAGUUACUACGUGAAAACAUGCAGUGCCAAUCCUAAAAAAACAAAAUGGUGGUAUCAUGAUGAUACAGUAUGAUACCAUGAUUCUGAUUGCCUCAUUAGCCCAUGACCUUCAGUGACGAUUGUCUGUGCUAACGAAAAAGAGAAAUCUUCACUGCUGGGUGAUAGGCCAUUAUGUCAUAAACUUUAGAGGUGCUGAUUGUAUAAGAACUGUAGACAAAGUGUGUGUAAAGUACAUCAAGUGUGUGCAGAAGUAUGGUUUACAGACACUGUGUGAGCUAAAGGAUGAAAGAAAUCUGCUGUGCAUUGCUCACAAUCCCCCUUUAUAGUGACAAAAUGAAAAUUACUGGAAAUUAGGAGUGCAAGUGAAUAUUUAGGCAUUACUAGAAGACAUAACAUAUGUAUGAUUUUUAUUAAAAGAAGAGGAUGAAUGAGACAGUGCUUCACUUUUGAAUAUUAGAUGUAGAGAUAUAAAUCUCUUUGGCAAUACUUUGCCAGCUACACUGAAAAUAAAUGCAAAGUCAACCAGUGUUAUUAUAAAACCUUUUUAGUAUUUUUGUGAUGCUGCAGUAAGAUUUUUUAUUAUACAGAUACAACAUGGAGUAAUGAUGAUCCUUGAGGCCAAAGUUCUUAAAUUUUACUUUGAGGAAAGGAAGGUAUUAUAGGUGUAGAAUCAUGAAGUUCUGUUCAUUGUAAGUGUUAUUGAACUCCUUUAGUGUAGCAUCUGCACAAAGCAACUUAUAACUUAGGCCAGUCAUACAUCAGUCCAGGUACCUUAUUAUCUUGCAAUAGACACAUCGUAUAAAUAUUUUAAACUUUCCAACAGUUCACCUAAGUAACAGGUGUUCCGUGAACUAGGAGGUGUUUGUGGGUACCCAAAAUUAAUGGAUGUUUUAGUAGAAUCAUAAGCUUUGAUGCCAAAGGAGUUCUAUUUUGAUGAAAAUUAAUUUUAUGUUUUUCUUUUUUUCUUUUCUUUUCUUUUCUUCUCUUUUUUUUUUUUUUAAUUUCAUGGGAUUUAUCAUAGGUUAUUGGGGAUUAUUAGAUGAAAUUCAUGAAGAUAAAAGGAUUUUCCAGGUUCAAGGAAACUGAAAAUUUGCACCUUGCAUUUGUGGCUUUCAGAUUUCAGUGACUUUGUGACUUAUUUUCUCAUAAUAUUUAAGAAUUUAGGCCUUGGAUUUGUUGCAAAUUUGAUUUAGCCUUCUGGCAUCUCUUCUGCACUGGUGCAUUCUACUGUAUGUGAGUUGUGCAAUUAUACUUUCGCUAAGAUAACACUUUGACAGCAUAUCACUACAAAGCAACUCCAUACAUUAGUUUAAAGUAUGAACAGAGAGAAUGCAUCAUUUAAAGUGAUUGAUCUCCCUUUGGUUCACCCGUCUCAUUUCUGUCCAAUGUUUUUUUGUUUUUUUUUAUUCAGCAAGUAAGUUAAGUGUAUUAAAGUUGUGACAUACUUUCCAAAAUUCAUUGUAUUGUGAUAUUUCUUCUACUUUAAGGUACCAGAUAAAGAUGUUCGGUAUGAUUCUUGUAUAGAGGAUGUUUUUUCAACAUAUUACUACACAUUGCCAUAUUUAGAUUAAAGUUUUGCAGUCAAGUGAUACCGUCUUGCUGAAACUUGGUGAUUUUAGUUACUGUUUUUCCUGACAAUUCCUAUCUAUCAAUGCAUAUUUUUAUUUACUCACACAAAAUUGAAUCAGCAAUACUUGAAUAAAGAUGUUGGAAGUUAGUGAUAACAAAAACACAUUAACAUGUCAACGAGUGAAAGAAAACACAUCCACAGUGAGAGCUAAUUUAUAAUUCAAUAGUUAACAUUACAGCAUAGUGUUAACUAUUUUGUCAUCCUAUUUUACAACUAUGUUCUCUGUCAAAUUGAUCUGUUCUUCUCUUAGGGUUGAAAUAUGACCAUUGCCAGUACCCAGUACCACAGAUAAACUGCGAGCAGGUAGUAGUCUAGCCUGCUAGUGAUGAUUCUCAGAUUGUGAUAGAUCUUCACUCCUGAAUUUUCAGUGUUGUUAAUGCAUAUCACAGGAUAGUAUUGUACUGUAAAAUGAAUGGCCAAUUGUCAUGUGGUUCUGUGAUUUUUUUUUCUUAAGCUAGUUGUACAGUAUUUCCAAUACUGCAGUAUUAUAAAUUGAUAAUCAAAUAUUACUUUCUAAAGACUGACAUAAUAUUUCUAUAUGUAAUCAAUGGACAACGGAGUGAUUUUGCAUCAAAACACAGGGUGUCUUUUUUUCAAUAGCAUAAUCAUUUGCCAUGAACAUACUUGCUUUUAUUAGUGAUUUUGAAUAUUUUUUCUGAUGAUUACGUAAAUUGUUUAAACACAUUUCACAUACGUUAUUUAUGCUUUGUAAACACAUUAAUUCCUAAGGACCUUCCUAUUUCUUCAUGUUUUUUGUUUUAAACAUCAAGUAAUUUGAUGGUUUUCAGAAUUAUGAUGGGAUACAAUCAACCCUAGUGUGAAUUGAUUUCAUUAUAAAGGCAAUUAAAUACUUAUUUGUUAUAUAAAUUAGUGCUUUUACUUUUCACCUCUUUUUUUUCUCUCUCUCUUUUAGAAGCUGAAGUAUGUUUAACAGAUUUGAAAUAAUAUUCUAUAUUGGCUUCAGUGUAUUACUUUCACCUUCUCUAAAAAAUAUUAGAAUUUCAGGGAUGAUUUGCAUAGUUGAUAAUAUUGUUGAAUGAAGUGAUUUAGGAAUUCCAUCUUCCGUACUUGUCAAGUUCAUCAUUCCAUCAAUUAUAGUUUUGUUGCAAGCAUUUUUUUAAUCAUUGUACUUACUGUAAUAAACAUUGAUUUCAGAA